UCAAGUCUUGAGAUCUACACAAACAUGCAUCAGGGGUUAUUUUUCCCGUAACCUUAUCUGUCAGAAAAAGAGUAAUUCUACUUCUUAGCUGUAGGAUAGUAUAGCGUUUUCUCUUUACCGUUAUUUCAAAUAUUUCAAAGUCGCCUUUUGAAAAUAACCUUUGUCCUCGACCCAGUUUUCCACCCACUACUAACAGCCACGUUCAUAAGCAAGAUGGCGGAAGAAGAUGUUGUCAAAGAGAUAGCGGUUGAAAGUAAUGGGUCUAUUCCAAAUGUAAAACCACUCAGCAAAGAGGAAUUAUGGAGGAUAGAGCAUGAAAAGUUACAUGCUAAACACAAAGGACAUGAAGCAAUGCACAUGGAGAUGGUUCUUAUUUUAUUUUCUACUCUAAUAGUUGCACAGGUUCUUCUGGUAAAAUGGAAAAAACACUACUACAAGUCAUUCAUGACUGUGACCCUUGUUGGCAUGUGGUUAAUUCCUCUUUACUUCAAUGUACAACUCAAGUUCUGGCGCAUGUUGUGUGCAUGGGCUUUAUUCUCAGUUUUAACUGGAUUUAUUGUUUUCAAGUCCACACGAAAACCAGUAGCACCAAGUACCCCUAGACUAGUUUACAAGUGGUUUUUAUUUGUACACAAAGUAACCUAUGGCCUGGGAAUAUUAGGCUAUGUGAUUGUUUGUAUGACCAUGCUAGGAAUGAAUCUGAUGUUUGCAAUUAAGCCUGAUACAGCAAUGGAGUUUGGAGUGACAGUAUUAUUCUACGGACUUUAUUUUGGAGUUCUUGGCAGAGAUUUUGCGGAGAUUUGUGCUGAUAAAAUUGCAUCAAAACUAGGAUACACAAGUAAAGGUGGCCUCCCAAGCAGAAGUCUGGAGACUAAUAUUUGUGCAGUAUGUGGCCAGGAGCUUGUGUUGCGUAGUGAUGAGGAUGAGGACGAUGGGCCUGAGAAAACUUAUAAACUUACAUGUGGUCAUUUAUUUCACGAGUUCUGUAUUCGAGGCUGGUGUAUUGUUGGAAAGAAACAAACCUGUCCGUAUUGUAAAGAGAAAGUGGACCUCAAGAGAAUGUUCUGCAACCCGUGGGAGCGCCCUCACGUCCUAUUUGGACAGCUGUUGGACUGGAUCCGAUAUCUAGUGGUUUGGCAACCCAUAAUAAUAGUUGUAGUUCAGAUAAUAAUUUAUUGUUUAGGGUUAGAGUAGCUACGGCUGCUGUUUCUUCAAAGAAUGAUUUAAUCUACCAAAAACUCGCAUAAAUUUAUCGUCAAACAAAGUUUUAUUUGCCCAAAUUCAAACAGCAAUUGGAAGAAAUGCCCAGAUAUUUGUUCAGUACUUUAUUAUAUCAAGAGAUUUUUUUUAAUUGUUAAAAGUAUGGUUCCGUUCGUAGUUUGGUUUUCGAACUGGAACAUGUAUUUAUCGCACCAAACAAAACGUCGUAUUCUUUCGUUCAAAAAUAGUAUGAAGAGUUAUUUUCAAAGUUUUGCUAUUAACUUGUCCCUCGGUUUCAUCGCAGAGCGUGCGUUUUGAUGGUACUUUCAUGUAUGACCUUAAAAUACUUACCGAUUUUUACGCUAACAGCUUCGAUUUCUUCGUAGGAGAGCAUUUUAAAAGUGUUUUUGCUCUGGAAGUAGCGAAUAUUUUCUAAGACCUACCACGGUUGGAGUUUGAUUAUAAAUAACCGCAUGGGUCACUGUUUUGUUCCGAGCUGGUUUCUAAAAGUGCCAGUCACUUUUUAUCUUAAACUAUCGGUGUCACUAUUUCUUUUCUGAUUGGCCGGCUAAAAGCACACAGCUGUUCGUCUUUAGCGUGGUUUCGUUACGCAAUUAGAGACCAAAGGUUUAUUGCAAGUGGCGCACUCUAAGGCCGAAUUACGGAAAAACAGUUUUCAAUUCUUAGAGCUCAAAGGGAUCGUUUGCUUUGAAUUAAUAUUUUAAAUAAGAGAGUGCUCAGCCUCUUUAUUUCUAAAUUUCAAUCUGUCUUUCUUUGUUAGUUUUAAUAAAUUUCAACUUUGCCGUCUUACGAUUACUUGAAAU